ACAAGCUAUAAGCCAGUAGCAUCGAUAUGGCGAUAAGUCUAAGGCUUCACAUCUGUCUCUUGCUAUUGUUCACAAGUUUCCUCAACCUCAUCAUUUGCUAUUGUCCGGGUGAAGACCAUGUUCCGCUCUUCAUUUUUGGAGAUUCAUAUUUGGAUUCUGGAAACAAUAACUACUUCAAUACUACUGCUAAGGCUAAUUUCUACCCCUACGGGGAAACCUUCUUCAAUUAUUCCACAGGAAGGUAUUCAGAUGGGCGCCUAAUUUCUGAUUUUGUUGCUGCAUAUGCAGAUUUACUAUUUCUUCCACCAUAUUUACAAGGCAAUAAGCAAUAUACUUAUGGAGUCAAUUUCGCAUCCAGUGGUGCUGGUGCCCUAUAUGGAACUUUCCGAAGUUCAGUUAAGCAUUUUACAGUCUGAACUGCAUAAUAAUUUUUAGUUUUAGGUUUUUUCUUUUUUUCUUUUUUUGAAUCCCCCUUUUCUUCACAUUUUUGUUGAUUCAUGUUGUUUGUCCAGUUCCAUCCAAAAGAUCUUCACACUCAGCUAGGUUAUUUCA